UUCGAAAGAGAAAGCGAGGGUGCUGUGGCAUGUCGGGGCUGUUUCGUGCCCUGAGAAAAGCCCUUGGUUUCUCAAAGGCUCCAAAGCGAGCGAUACUUCCCAUCCGGGACUUGGCCAAGUUUGCGGAGGGUGAGAGGGUGCUCGUAGACGGCUUGAAGCUCUCAGCACCACUUCAGAAGAAUGGCUCCUCAAAUUACAAGAAUGGUUUACUCCCUCACAACGAUAUAAUUGGCAAACCAUUGUCAUCUUUCUACAUUCGAGGUCCGAAGGGAAUAUACAAAAUCGAUGCCCCUACACUGGACGACUAUGUCUCCCUGACACCAAGACUUGUGACUCCAGUUUACGCAAACUAUGCCUCUUCCAUCGUGUCACUUCUGGACAUUCAUCCCAUUCCUUGGACCGACGAGAAGUCCCCGGUUUCUUCGCCUCUCGAAAUACUUGAAGCAGGCACCGGCCAUGGUAGUCUGACACUGCAUAUAUCGCGCGCCAUCGCCGCCGCCAACCCCCCUCCUCUAAAUAUCCCCGUCCCUCAAUACCAGAAGAACGAAUCCCAACAACCAGAGCCUGCUCUAGAGACCGGCGUAAGGCAAGCGUGGUCAGAAUGGAAACAAAGUCGCCGUGCUAUCCUUCACACCGUUGAGAAAGUUGAAGCCAACCGCUGGCAUGCCGAGAAGAUUGUUCGUGGUUACCGACAAGGUCUGUACUGGCCACACGUCGACUUCUAUGCCGGCGACGCGAGUACAUGGAUUCAGGCACAAUCCACCCAACGCAAGUUGAGCACUUGGAAUCCCUUCGCCAGCACUUCCGAGGAUGGAUUCCUGGACUAUGUCCUUCUCGACAUGCCGGGCGUCCAUACACAAUUACAAUACGUCAGCGGUGCCAUGCGCGACGGUGCAAAAGUGGUUGUUUUCACGCCGAGCGUGACGCAGAUAGGUGAAUGCGCGAAAGCAAUACAAGACUCGAACUUACCCUUGGUGAUGGAGAGAGUUCUCGAACUAGGUGAGGGGAUCAGCACCGGCCGUAGAUGGGACGUAAGGAUGGUCAUGCCGCGAAAGCACAAAGAUCGCUCCAAACCCUCGACAACCGAGCCAGUUGCCGGUGUCGAGAUGUACAAAGAGCCUCCACAGAUCGACUCGAACGAAGAUGACGACAGCAUUGUCGAGAAAGCGGCACUGGAAGCGCUUGGGGAUCGCUUGCCUGAAGAACAGCCAGACGAGCCGGUCAUGAUAUGCCGGCCUCUGGUCGGCGAGAGGACGAUGGGAGGCGGCUUCAUCGCAUUGUUCAAGAAGAUUUCGCCCGAGUCUGCAGCGAUAGCGGCUGAAUGGCGGAGAGGCCAAACAGGAUGGGCUAAAAAGAGGAAUCGAUGAAUAAUGUUUGUGCACAGCUACUCAAGUUCGACCAGCCAAUAGACGAUGGCACAUUCAGCAUUACAUGUGACACUUGUUUUCACAUGUGCUGCUUCACACUGUACAGGAACAUCUUGUGAACACCGACUAUACAAUAUCGCAUAUUGAGUCUUUACGAUUUGAAUGUACCAGAUUCAAAAAAUUUCUGUAUAUAUAUUGCAAACCCUGAAAAUAGAACAGAAGAUAGCCAAAGCAAGUCUUGUC